GCGUCCAAUGCCGAAUAUCUCGAUGCCACCGUUUAUAAUAUCACAGGGAGGUUGUAGGCAAUACAUCUUCGUGGGGGUCCAUUUGUUGGGUUUUGUCGGUACACCUCCAUCCAGGUUAUAAGAUAGGUCCCUCUCGUUGGUUCUUUUCCGACACGUUACCUAUGUGCUGCACUCUGAUUGGUUAAAACCCUCGUACUUGAGAAAGUCUCAUUAAUCCCAAGAUCCGAUUCUACCUCCUGGGCGGAUGGGUAUGUGAUAGAAGUCUCUACUCAAAUCACGCCACCUAGCCCUUGCUAAAACGGCGUAAAUGAAAGGCUUAUUGUAAUAAAUUCUGUCGAAUUUGUCGAAUAUAAUUUAUAACUAAACCAGCUCGACAUGAUCGAUUAAUUCAGAUCUUGCUACUUGCUAGUACUCGGUAAUCUGAAUACAAAGUAAAAGUUACGUCCAGUGCUGUUUCAAAGAGUACAUCAAUUAUCAGACUCGAUAUUUAGCACGACAUGUAAGUGACCGCAGUGCAAGUCUGGGACUAACCAAUCCCCUCCCUGAGUCCCAGAUCAUUGUUCCAAUCUAAUCAGAUACCUCCAGAACCCCAUAUUUCCUCUCAAACCUUUGAAGAUUACUCGUAUGAACUGCUUGUUUGAAGUACCGACGCGUCAAUACACUCAAAGAGCCUGGGUUCGUGGAAAGUUGACGUUGAGUUGCCGAGCUGAGCUUUUGCUCCCACACCCAUGACACGCCGGAGUGGCCCACAACUUGAGGGAUCUCCAGCUUGCUAACCAAUCCCUGCCCUUCCCUGGCUCGCUCCACCACUCACAGGGCUGACAAGAAGUCACGUGGACGUGAAAACAGCUGAAGGGAGUGGGAGUGAACCGUUUAGAUUUAUGGGGACCAAGGUAGAUUUACUACUGAGCCAAGGUCAAAGCGAACCAAAGAUACGAAACAUCAUGAUGGCCCUUCUAAUCCAGUUUCUUUCCAACAACAGUGUUAAAGACUUGCCACAGAACAAGCAACAGUCCAUAUUGAGAAGUCAAUCCCCUCUGUUGGAAAACAACCAGUUUCCUCAAACCAACCUCCUCAACACCCAGACAUCCCUCCUUCACUCGAGGUCUCCGCUGAUCCCUAACUCCGCCCCAAUCCCAGCUAACAUGUUCUCUAAAUCAGCUCUACACCGACCAUCUCCGCUCAUCAGCAGCUCGAAACCUGCUUUCCCUAACUCAGUUCCUGGUCUGAACGCUAACCAGAACGGUUUCCUCUCCACCUCCGGAUCACUCCUCUCCAACACAGGAUCCCUGGUCAGGAGCCACGAGUCUCUCCUCUCAACUCCUCCCUCAACCCUCACCACCUCAACUCCCUGGCUCUCAAACUCCACACCUCUCUCUAGCUCGCUCCCCUCGGAGUCAGUCCCUGCAGGAACUCCUGUCAUUUCCCUGAGCAGUAUCCUCAGCACACCCCCCAUUAGGUCCCCAGAUGGUAAGAGUAUCUUCAUCCCGGUUGACAGCAGUAUGUUACAAGGCUGCGUCUCUCUAGCUUCUCCUUCUACUACUCCUGUAAUUUCUCCUGCUUCUACUCCUAAGAAAGAUAACCUCGCUAGGAAACUCUAUCUGAAUGAAAUCUCUCCCAUCGUAACUCUUUUAGACGAUUCCAAGUCACGACUGGAUCUGGCAGCCGUUACAAGCUCUCCUAUGAUGACACCACCUGAAGAUUUUAACAAAAGAACAGUUGAGGCAGAAGAAAUGGCGAAUGAUAACCUUGUACAAGGACCGACUACGAAUGUCUCAUUUGAAGAAUUGGAGACUGCCUCCACAGAGAAUGGUGUCUCAAGUCCUAUUUCCUCCGCUGAACGCGAUUCCCCUGUCAACUCUUUACCUGAUACGAAUGGCGUGGACCUCAACGAAGUCCUGAAGGCGCUGAGCUCAGAAGAAGGAUCCACCGGUUCACAGGACGAGGUGGUCAGCAAACUCGUGACGAUAAUCAACGACCUGGUCGAGAACACGGACAUCACCAUGGGUGAUAUAGUGGAAAUGAUGAAGAGCAGUGUGAACAGCACUCAGGAUCAAAACAGCUCCGGCCUGGCUACCUGCCAAAGUGAGGCGCCUCAAUUGAUGACGUCAUCACAGAGUCAGGUGACGUCAUCGAUCUGUCAAGGAGUCGAUCAGAAGAUGCCUGGUAUUCUGCUGCCAGCCAACUGGGUUCAGUUCAACCUGAAUAAUGUUGCUGCUCCUCAUACUAAUCUGAAAUUCCCGACCGUGGGCCGCCCAUCCUCCUCUCCUUACCACCCUUACAAACGAUCCCAACAAAGCCCCCUGAACACCGGACACAGUCCAAUGUCGGACGGUCUAACACCGGGUGACAAGAAAAGUAACGUCUGCAGCACCUGUAACACCAGCUUCUCCCAAUUCAGUUCCCUUCUCAGACACAUCCGACAGGUACAUCAAAAGAUCAAAGACAAGCCGUGCAGCAUCUGUGGAGAACGCUUUGCCCGUAGCCAGUAUCUUCCGAACCACAUUUGGAGAACUCACUACAACCGAGCAGUAACGAACGUGAAGUGUUUCUUCUGUCCGGAGAUUCUGAAUACUAAGGAGGGAAUCCAGCAGCACCUUUGGUUGAACCACGUGAAGGCUCGUCGAUGAAGAGUUACUCUGGUAACUGACUGGAAACUGACUGGUCCAGUUUGACGAAAUCAUGCAGUAAAUUUGACGAUUAAUCGGGUGACAGACUUUGUGAACUGCACACAAAUACACUGAUACGAGGCAGAGCCUCAGAACCCUAAAAUGGAGUAUAGAACAGAGUUGCUGAGCAUUUGAAGGACGGAAACUGUAAACGAAGACAAUUGUUUGGAAGGUUAUAGAAUUGCUGCUCUUCUUUAUUUCUUUUGUCAGAUUCAUAGUUUUGUACCAAUAGUAGCGAUAUUGUGUGAUUUUAUAUUAAUUUAUACGUAUAUGGUGUUGUUUAUAAUAACUUGUUUGAUAAUCACAGGAUAGUCAGACAUGUAUUUGUU